AUGAACAAGCCAACGCUUCUUCUGCUACUUUGCUUAUCAUUAACCGCUGCCUUUCCAAAAUCAAGGAGAUUAAACGAACAUGCUAAAAGAAAAUUAGAAGAAUCUACAGUUGAUAUUUCAGGUACUUGGAAGCCCAUAAGAAUUAAAUUUGAAUAUGUAACUGAUGCUGAUCUUCAAACAAAAGAGUUUUUGAAUUAGAUCUUCUCAAUAUGUGGCACCUUUUUGUCAAAACACCUUCUGAUUAGAAGGAGUUCCGAUAAAAUAUAAUUAACUCAAGAUGCCCCAGCCUAAUUCAAGGAAUUCUUUGAGAUGAGUACUGAUAUGUUGUCUGUCUAACACGAUGCCGACUUGGUCUUUUUUGUAAAUACAAUGAACGAUAGUAAUGACAGUACAUUAGCAUUUUGCGCUCCAGUUAUUUUCGACGACAAGACCAAAAGACCAAUCUUUGGUGCUAUCGGAUGGAACAUGGCCUAUAGUCAAGUGAGUACCUUAACAAAUGCUGGAUUUGAAGCUCAAUUAGCCACAGCAGUCCAUGAAAUCAUUCAUGGACUCGGAUUUGUAGAGGAUCUAUUUAACUAAUUUUAUGAUUCAGCUACAGGUGAAGUCUAUCCAGAUGGAGGCAUGAUAGAAGAGGAUGAUGUCGUGAAGAUAAUUACUCCUAGAGUUUUAGCCUUUGCGAGGAAACAUUUCGCAUGUGACGAUAUAUCAGGAGUACCAAUGGAAUAGGAAGGUGGUGAUGGAACAGCUGGAUCUCAUUGGGAAAGAACAUUAUUCUACAAUGAAAUGAUGACAGGAAAUGACAUGGUUAGUGAUUUUGUACUGACAGACUUUACAUUUCAAUUAUUAUAAGAUACAGGGUAUUAUAGAUUAGCUGAUUACAAACCUGAUAUAUUAACAUGGGGAGAAGGAGAAGGAUGCAACUUCUAUGAUUCAAUGUGCGAAUCAGAUUUCUCUGAAUUUUGUAGUGAUGAAGGAAGUGUAGGAUGUGCUAUUACCCAUAAUGGAAUUGGAGUUUGUUCUAGCGAUGAUUUAUCUAACAGUUGUAAGUAUUAUUAGAUCGAUCCUAAUCUCGAUUGUAGAAAUGCUAAUUCAGCUGGAUAUUCUGACAAUGCAGCUACCUUUUAAGAUUUUGGCUAUCAUAGUAUGUGUGUCAUUGGUGGCUUUUCAGCCUCAAGUGGUACUCCUCAAAAGUUCAGUUGCUAUAAAUAUAGUUGUGAUGGCACAUUUACUAUCACAGUCAACGGUAAAUCUAUAGAUUGCUCUAAUGGAGGAGAGAAAACUCUUGAGGGUUUGAGUGGUAGCAUCACUUGCCCAGAGAAUUACAAAUAGUUUUGUGAAAAUGCAGAUGAAUGCCCAAAUUAGUGCAACAAAAGAGGUUUUUGUAUGAAAGGUCAAUGCACUUGUUAUGGAAACUAUUAUGGAUCAGGUUGUGAAUAAGAAAACUGCACAAAAGUCAGAAAAGGAACUGAAUGUGUUGACUCUUGUCCUACUGGGUAUUAUUUGAAUGAGGUUGUCAAUUAUUGUAUUGGAUGUCCAGGAUAUUGCGCAUCUUGUUCAUCAUACAAUGCUUGUACACAAUGUUAAGAUGGAUAUGAGUUAAGAGAAGGGUUCUGUGAUUUAUUAUCCAGCAGCAGUUAUUCAAGCCAUCUAGAAAUUCUGAUCCUUCUAUCAAUAGUACUAUUCUCUUGA